CAAGCUCCACGAUUGCCCACUAACCAAGAAAAUUAUCGAUUAUAACAGUUACUGCAAGUACCGGAUGCAGAGAAGGUUUAAGGUGGAUGGUGUGACGAAGAGCUUUGAUUAGACAGAGUUUCAGCAGGUGCUCUGCUUGGAAAAUAGCUCUGUAUGCCUUUCCAACAGUGCACAGAAUUUUUUUGGAUUUUCGUACACCACAAUAUGCCCCAUUAUUCACCUAAACGUCUAUGUAUAUAAUAUUAUUUAAGCGCGAAAAAAUUUAUGUCGCCUGAUUAAGAUCGGUAUUUCUGAAGGCACGAGAAAGUUGUUACAACCUAUAAAAUCUUGGCAGCGGAAGUAGACAAUCUUUCCCUUUAUGACCGACUACUGCGCUGUUUAUUUAUCCCGCUUCUGAUAUUUCCAUACAAUGGGAAAAUUUGCAAAGUCGACGUUCCACGAUGUCCUCAACCGCGACCUGAACUGGGCCUACCAUGAGAUCAUUACGGAAGCACUGUGCGUGCUGUGGAUCGGAUGCCAGCUAUCGCUGAAAUUCGGUACUCGCUUCUUCCCGGAAUGGGAAAUCACACGCAUCGACCCGGACAGAUACACGGAUUUGGAUCGUCUUCUGUGGUUGUUGCUUGGCCAGAAUAUUACUGGCUGCGUGUGGGAUGACGUGGUCUCCCCUUGGAAGCCCACCAUUCCGCAAACGGUCACCAAUACGGCUGCGUCGAGCACAGCGCGAGCUAAUGCCGGCUACUUUGGGACCUUGGCGAUGAUCAUCGCAACCGUGCUUCUCGGCGUCUCCGUCAUCUGUUCCGCGUGGGUCAACCGUCACUGGAGAAUUCCCCGCUGGACACAGCACCUUCGCAACUGCCGCCGCAUUACAACCUGGUUUGGCUACAGUACGACCUGCAAAGGCGAAGAUUGGGAUUUUCAAGAGGAUCCGAAUGUGGCUGAAUGGCGAAAAUACGUUCUGAACACCUUUCUCUUUUAUGCUGGCUUGUCCGUUUUCGUGGGGUUCUGGCUGGUGUUCUGCGUUUUGCCGGUGGUUAUUAUAGCGGGAUGGACCAUAUCCUUCAUCGGUCGACACUGCGGCGAAGAAACGGUGUUCCCGACGACUGUUGUGUGCUUCUCUCUGCUAGCUGUGCAUUGCACCGGUAGGAUUUGGGGACUGUGGAUGAACCGGACGUAUUUGAUGCAAAUGCAUGAAAUGAUCAGGAAUGUCACGGGAAUACGGCUCAUCUUCCAGCCAUUCGCGUCAGAUGAGUCGCCGGAAAUUGUAUGCAAGACCGAAAAACCGGCCGACCAUCCGUCGCCCGUUAAGCGCAUCAAAUGGCUGACCACGUUCCUGCUGGUUGCGAUCCCGGGUUUUUACUGUGUGGUUAUUCAUUGCUUUGAAUUGCUGCCUGCACUGCCGGUUGUUAAAGGAUGGAUGGAUUCGUUCUCCGUUUGGAUCCAUUCAUUCUGGGUUUUUUCAUCAUCUGCCAGUUCCCAAAACGGUUCCACAUCCGUUCCGGAACCAUAUUGGACAUAUGUCACGUGCACCGAGUGCUGCGACAACUACGCAACGGGAAUGGGCCAAAAAACUGCAAUGCUGUCGUACUAUGUGGAUCUGCACUAUCCCCGUUGGCAGACCACGUACCCGGCCCUCGUCGCGCUUUUCGACACGGUCUUUUCGCCGGUGACGGAGCGUUUCUAUGUGGUGUGGAUGGGAAUCGUUGGGGCGGUGGUCGGGUUGCCGAUAAUUCUCUUGGUAAUGGGCAGCUCGGCAUCUAUGUUCUACGUUUUCGCCGAAAGUAGGGUCAGUGAGGCGAAGAGCAACCGGAAACCAAAAGAAAUCAAUGUUGAUCUGGAAGAGGGUAACGAGGAGCCAACCAUCCCUGAGAGGUCAGCUGUGCAGACCAGCAAUAAGCCAUUCUGCGUGUGCGCUCUAUGGACAGACUGUGAACGCUGCAUCGUGGUGACAAUUUCCCGCGUGAUACUCUGGACUCUCCUCCCGUUUCCGGUGCUGGGGCUCAUUGUCCCGGAGCAGUUUCAGCUGCCUGCUUUACUGCUGCUGAUGAGUUUGAUCGAAGUGGGUCUUUGCUGUUUUGCGUGGAAGAGCAUCGGCAUUGCCCGGCGAGAACUGCGCGAACGUCAUAGCGAACACUCUCGCCGUGGGAAAGUUGCACCGGAAGAUGAUGACACGCCGCUGCUGACACCGUGCUAAUAACUCUACAAGGGCGUCCUUUUAACAGAUAUUAUAUCCUGUGCGCUGGUGCAAUCAGUCAUAUGCCAUAGAUUAUUUACAAAAGCUCUCACUGUUCCUGUUUAAUUAUCGUGUAAGUACCAACGCGUUCUCGUUAAAGUAUUCUAUACAUACCUACUUGGCAUUUGCGCGUUACCGCGGAAAUUAUUUUAUGCGCGAAUUUUGCUUCUCCUAAUUCUUAGUAUGUAUUUUACAAGCUGUACUUGAGUUUAUUCUUAAAACGCACCAAACUGUGUUUUGAUUUCAUUUGCCUUGCUUUCAACAGUGCUACUAAUAAUAUUAAGAUGAGAAAAGAGC